ACAAUGUGUGUAAUGUUAUGUUAGAUUACUUUUGAUUGAAUGCAUUAAAUGAAUAACUGGUGGAGAGAACCGCUCAAGACGUGUACUCCUGAAGAAUUGGAGCAAAUAAUUGUGGCACCAAAUUAUGGACAGUAUAUUCUGCCUACAGAUUCAUAUAAUCAAGUGUUUGAUAACAUAUUCUUAGGCGACGAAACAAUUGCACGAAAUAUUGCUUUAUUAAAGUCUCUAUCAAUAAGUCAUGUAUUGAACGCCGCGUUUGGAAACGAUUUAUCACUAAAUAUGGUUAAUAUAAGUGAAAAAUUAUAUUCAGAAUCGGGAAUACAAUGGAUGCCAAUCGGAGCCAUAGAUAUGUCGAGCUUUAAUUUGUUUCAGUAUUUCGACGAAUCGGCACUUUUUAUACACUCAGCUAUAAUUGCCGGCCAUAAUGUUUUGGUUCAUUGCAAAGAAGGCAUCUCUCGGUCGGCAACACUUGUUGUGUCGUAUCUAAUGAUCAUAAGAGGAAUGACAGCACAGGAAGCCAUACGACAAGUGCGACAAAACAGAGAAAUCAGACCAAAUGAUGGAUUUCUUAGACAAUUAUGUUAUUUAAAUGAUAGACUGUUUGACACAAUUAUGGACUCAAAAUAAAAUUUAAUUUAUUAAUAAAAUAAUUGUUGUUUUGUUAGA